UCCCUGACCCUAAGGGACUCUCCACGCAGUGUGCACCCAACUGCCUAGGGAGCCGGAGUUUGGAGCAGGUCCGGCUGACGUCCAGAUGGCCUCGGGGCUGACCCCACUGACCCUCCUGCUGCUGCUGCUGCUGGCUGGGGAUGGAUCCUCCUCAAAUCCAAAUACUGCCAACUCCAGCUCUAGCUCCAGGGAUCCAAAGAGCUUGCAAGAGGAAAGUGAAGGGAACAUCGUGGAGAGAGAUAGCUCCAAUAUUCUAACCACUCUGCAUGCAGAAGAGAAUUCCACAUUGCCAAAGAACAACCCAGCAACCAGCUCAGCCACUGUGAUAACAGCUGGCACCACUGGUCAACCUACCACCCUGCCAACUACCCAGCCCCCGACAGAGCCUCCUACCCAGCCCAUGCCUGAGCCCUUCUGCCCAGAGCCUGGUGCUCUCUGCUCUGAUCUGGAGACUCAUUCUGCAGAAGCAGUGUUGGGGGAGGCCUUGGUAGAUUUCUCCCUGAAACUCUACCAGGCCUUCUCAGCAGUGAAGAAGCCUGAGACCAACUUGGCCUUUUCCCCAUUCAGCAUCGCCAGCCUCCUCACUCAAGUCCUGCUUGGGGCUGGAAACAGCACCAGAAGAAACCUAGAGAGUGUCCUCUCCUACCCUGAGGACUUCACCUGUGUCCACCAGGCACUGAAGACCUUCAAGUCCAAAGGCGUCACCUCAGUCUCUCAGAUCUUCCACAGCCCAGACCUGGCCAUAAGGGACACUUUUGUGAACGCCUCUCAGAGUCUAUAUGGCAGCAGCCCCAGAGUCCUGGGCAAUGACAGUGAUGCCAACUUGGAAUUUGUCAACAACUGGGUGGCCGAGAACACCAAUCACAAGAUCAGGCAGCUGCUGGACAGCCUGCCUUUGGACACUCGCCUUGUCCUCCUCAAUGCCGUCUACCUGAGUGCCAAGUGGAAGACAGCAUUUUCUCAAAGUAAAACCAGGAUGGAGCCCUUUUACUUCAAAGACUCUGUUAGAAAAGUGCCAAUGAUGAAUAGCAAGAAGUAUCCUAUGACCCAUUUCAUUGACCCAACUUUGAAGGCCAAGGUGGGGCAGCUGCAGCUCUCACACAACCUGAGCUUGGUGCUCCUGGUGCCCCAGAGCCUGAAACACCAUCUCGAAGACAUGGAGCAGGCUCUCAACCCCACUGUGCUAAAGGCCAUCAUGAGGAAGUUGGAGAUGUCCAAAUUCCACCCCACUCUGCUAAUGAUGCCCCGCAUCAAAGUGAAGACCAGCCAGGACAUGCUGUCAGUCAUGGAGAAGCUGGAAUUCUUUGACUUUUCUUAUGACCUCGACCUAUGUGGGCUGACCAAGGACCCGGAUCUCGCGGUCUCUGCGAUGCAGCACCAGUCGGUGCUGGAGCUGACAGAGACUGGGGUGGAGGCCGCCGCGGCGUCCUCCGUCUCUGUGGCCCGCACCUUGCUGGUGUUUGAAGUGCAGCAGCCGUUCCUCUUCCUGCUCUGGGACAACCAGCACAAGUACCCUGUCUUCAUGGGGCGGGUUUAUGACCCCAGGGCCUAAGACCUCCAGGGGCCAGGUUCGGGUGAGCUGAAGCUCUCUCAGAGGCAGCACUGCUGCUGCCUGCCUGGUCUUACCCCUGCCAGUGUCUUCUGUCUGCCACCUAAAGGGCCCCCUCAGGGUCUGACAAAGGGACCUCCUGCUAUCAGCACUUCCCCAUGGCUCUGCCAUGCUCUCUACGCCACUUUAUACAGCUUUGCAGCUUCUUCUGGUUCAAGUUCGUCAUACUCUACAAAUAAAACCUGGUAGACCAUGA